AUGGCUGAUACAUUUUUAUUAACAGAGGCCCAAAUCACCCAAAAGAAACCGGUGCAAUUGAGUCCUCCAAAGAUAGAAACUGAAGCCGAGAAGAAGGAGAGGCAUUGGCAAUAGAUUCUGAAUAAAAUUCUAUUCAAUCCUCCGAAUGAUGACUAUUAUCAAAAAUGGCCCAUCAAACCAGGAAUAUUUUUCUACAAGGCUUUGGCUCUGGGAAAAUUGCCGACUGAACAAAUAAGAGUCAACAUCCCUGAAAGUGUAAUGUGUUUUGAAUAAACAUACAUUUUGAUGUACACGGACCCAACAACGGGCUAAUUGAUGAGAAAGACGGACAUAGGAUAUUAGGAUUUCGAGAAUAAAGUGCAUCAAUUUCACGAGGAAUAUUUGAAACGUCAUGUUAAAGAUGACAGAUUUGAUGCGAGAACCAAUGUGUUUACGAAUUAGGAUAAUCCGUACAUAAUAAGUAGAGGUCAAACAGGGUAGGAUUGGAAUAUGUCUAAGGCUGUCUACACAUUCCGAUAAUAAAAAGAGAGAAAAGUUUAAUUAGAUAACAAUAAAUUAGAGCAGCGAUUCGUAAUCUCAAGGGUAAUGAAAGCAACCAUAGUUCGAUUAGUAUUCUACACUAAGAAUUCAAAAUCCUCCCAUGCCAAUUACGGUUAUCGAAUCAUGAACGUUAUGGAAUUAUACGAUCCCAAUCCCAAAAAAUCUAUCACCAAUAAAACCACCAUCAACACAGAACAAUAAAACUCAUUCACCAUUCAAUAAAUCAAGGGAGUGGGACUCUAUGAAUACGAGAAGGUUUGCGAAUAGAUUGUCACCUAUUUGGAGAAGAAUUACCCUGUCAGAAUCAAAACGGGUGUCUUUGACUUUCUCUAAGAUCCAGAGGGAAGAAUCUGGUUAUUCAAUUGCAAAUAAUUGAUUAUGGAAAAUGCUAUCUCCAUGAGUGAAAUUCAGGGAGUGGGCUAAGGAAAGAAGACACUUGAUCAAUUGACUUGUUCAGUCUAUUGCAAGUUGUGUGGCAUCAUAUUCAAAAAAGACGAUGCGAGCAAAACACUUACCUAUAAGUUAUUAUGGGAAUUAGUGUAACAUUUAAAAAAGCGAAAUAAAUACUUGACCAAUAUAAAAGUAUCUCAUUUAUCUACCAGACCUUGUAGAGUAUGUGAUGUUUGUUAUAUGUUGAUCGUUGGAGAACACGAAUUAGUUGAAAUUGAGCAGAAAUUCGCCAUAGCAUAGAACAUUCCAUUAGGGGAUGCUAUCAUCAGAGUUCCUAUGGAUAGUAAACCAAAACAUAGACCAGCUUUAUUGAAUGAAUAACUAUAUCAAUGGAGGUUGCUCUUCUAUUUAGAGAUGGUCGAUUUGUAAGGUAAGAAAUUGAUAGAUCUAAAUGGUAAUCCUGUUACCGACCUAAAGAACAUAGUUUUGCAAUAUCGUUUACAUCAAUCAAAAUCAUCAUUUAAAACACACAUCAUCAAAGACGAUAACUAUUAAACUUUGAAAUCAAAUAAAUAACAAACUUCACAAUCACAAUAAAAAUAACUUAGAUUUAGUGGAAUUGAGAGAUCAGAUUCUAUCGAUAUUCCAGAAGGAUAAAUCGAUGAUUAAUUUGCUUAAGUCAACGAUGAGAAUCUAAAAUUGAAUGUCAUCAGAGUCCAUUACUUUUUUAGUGAAACUACAGACAUUGAGAAGUUCCUCUCAGAAACAGAGAUUAAGAUGAGAUUGUGUUAAGGUUCAGAGUGGGUUAAUUACGUGGCAGAGGGAUCUACAAAAACCAUACAUCACUUUAAAAAUUCAUAGAUGGGAGGUCAGAGACACAGAGCUUAAGUUCUAUUGUUUUUUGCAAAUGGCCAUUAUUGCAUAUUGAAUCUCUAAGUUGGAUUGUUUUGUGAUGGACAAUAUAAUACUGGCAAAUUGAAUCUGUAUAAAUAUAAUAACGUAUACUUUCCUGAUGACAAUUACUACAAUUGCAAUCCCUUCCCUCCUGAAUGGAUGGAGAUAUUUGAUCCUCAGUAUGUUAAUAUGCAUAAUACAUUUGAAGAGUAAGUCAAAGAAAUAGAGGCUUACUCUCCCAAGUGUACAAAGCAUGAAUUGAAUCAAAUGAUAGACUUCAACAAAUAUAAGGAAACCACAAAAUAUAAGGCUGUUAAACCGAAAAUUGAUGCCAAAAAGAGGGAUAUUCAAUCAGCAGCUCCCCAAUAUGGGUCAAAUACUCAAUAGGUAUUACCUAAAUUGCCGUAGUCGGCUAAGAAAUACUCGAAUACAAUGAGAUAGUUCGAUGAACAACAAUUAUUGUAGCAUUACACUUUGGAGGAGUAGGAUAUAGGGGAGUUGCUAUUUGAGGAGAAGAAAUAGAAUAAGAAGAUGAGCAAGGAAGAUAGGGAGUUCUAUGAAUAACACAACCUGUAUGAUGAGGAGGCAGAGGAUAGUUAAGAAGAUCAAGAAUUAAAUUUGAGAUUGAAUAAGCAGAUUCAAAAGUCAAUGAAAUAGUUUGAUAAUUAAUCGCAACAAUCUAAUUCUGUGAGACCAAUAAGAUCAGCAUAAUAGUUGCCACCGAAAGGACACAGAUGA